UCCCCUUUGGGUUUCAGUCGCGCGCCGACCGUUCCCACGUACGCACGUUCGUGUGAAAUUUUCACGCCUCGAUAUAUGUACCAGCUCUGAUUGUCAGGAUAUCGGUGAGAGGAAAGCUGAUCGAAAAUUUCCCCCUUCGAUUUCACCCGUUUUUCGAAAAAUUACCAUCGUUCCCACACGUGUUCUUUUGAAUCGAAUUCGAAACGCAAUUCUGGAAAAAAUUAACGUACGUGAGUAAUGAACGAGAAAUAAUUGAAUUUCAAUAAAAUUUGAAAGAAGGAAAUUAAAUUAUUCAGUGUUGUGCUGUUGAAAAUAUCGUUUUCAAUCACUGGAUGUUAAUUAAUUAAUUAAUUAAUUAAUUAAUCAAUCAAUUUUUUUUUAUUUUGGGUGGUAGUGAUAAUUAGUUUUUCUUUUCAUUUUGAGAAAAUUCCCCCUUUUUUUUUUUUUUUGAUUUUUCUAUCGAUGUUUCGAUUUUUUUAUCGAAACCGCGGAUCAACGAUCUUUAAAAAAUUAUCAAAUAGUUAACAAAAUAUGACGAGUGGGAGUGAAAUAAUUGUGAAAACUGCAGCACCUCCAGCUGUACAAGUUUCAGGUGUGAUCGAGGGACGACGAGUCGUUGAGUUUUGAAAAACAAAAAAUUUAAUAAUAAUUAACGUCGCUAACUAAUUAACAAAAAUAAUUUCAGUAAUAAUUCGGGUGGAAACCGAUGGUAGUUGAGCGGUGCUCCGAAUUGGUUUCAUUCUUGGAAUUCGUAUUGCGUCGCCGAUGUUGUUUUUCGCCUCUGUUAUUCUGUGAGUGACCCCUAAGUGAAUCGACAUGUGAAGUGUUUCGUUCCCUCUCUUUCUCACCGCUUGAAACAUCGAAGGGUGAAUUCCAGCUACUCCAGUUGCACGGGAAGAGAGAUAGCGAGAACAACAAGAGAAGGAUUAACGUCGCGAUCGUGCUCACACAAUUUUGGAAAAUAUCGCCAGUCCGUAAUCUACUCGAGGAGGGAUAGAGACGCUCGCUCGCGGGAGAAAAAAUGAGCCGCGUCACAACGCCUUUGAAUUUUGCACGGAAAUUAUUUCACCGUGAAUUUCUACCGUUCGUUACAUUCUGCGAUCGUUGAGUGACAUCGUCAUCGUCCACCGAACUAACGAACGUCGACGUUCCUUCCCGUCUUUUUUUCGUUCUUCCUUUCUCUCCUUUCAAAAUUUAAAAUUUAAAAUAGUCGCCAUUUUUUCCCGAGUGCUUCGAGUAACUCCGACGAUCUUCGUUGGUUCGAAUUCGUUUUCUUCACCUCCGUUAAAAAGUGCCGCGAAAAGACAAACUCGGAUUCUACUACGCAGCAGCAGCUUGAGGAAGGUCGGAAAGGUCGAAGAGAGGGAUCGUGACAUGCGGUACCCAGCCAGGUGGUUUUAGCGAUAUUUUAACACCGGAGCUAAACUUCCCACCGCUGGUACCCCACUGCGCUGCUCCUCUUCCGCUGGCCACCGCCUCCGCCGCUAUCAUCAUGAUUAAGAUCUUCGCUGCUGUCGCCACCCUCCUCUGCCUGCAGCCCGCUGUAACGGCGGAUAAUUUGGCCCUUUUGUCAGGCACUUUAAAGACGUACCAGAGGGCGGCGUGCGACGAGGAAACUAUGACCCUGAGGUGUCCUCCGGGCACCACGAUUUCCGUAACAUUGGCUCAGUACGGGAGAGCGGGUGUGGCGAGUAUCAGCAAAUGCAGCACUCCCAGUCCUCCUCCGACCAUCGACAAGGAACCCGUUCGUACCUGCUUGUGGCCGAGAGCGUUGGAGUACUCCUUGUUGCAGACCGUCGUGGAAGCCUGUCAGAAGAAAAGACAGUGCAAGUUCAACACGAGUCCGGAAACAUUCCAAGGUGAUCCUUGUCCGGGUCUGCCGAAGUACAUCGAAAUCGCCUACAAGUGUCGUCCUUACGAAUUCAGGAGCAAAAUCGCCUGCGAAAACGACAACGUCAAUCUCAUAUGCAAUCCUGGAAGCAGAGUCGCCAUUUACGGAGCAACCUACGGACGGACUCAGUACGAGUCACUGCAAUGUCCGCAACCGCAAGGAGUACCCGAUGAGACCUGUCUGAUGAGCCACGCUACCGAAACGGUGAUGCAAUUGUGUCACGGAAAGAGGAGGUGUUCCCUGACCGCCGACAGUCAAACCUUUGGGAAACCCUGCCGACCAGACAGCAAAGUUUAUCUGAAGGUCGUCUACACGUGCGUGCCCAGAAAGGUUCUUCGCGAGCAGUACGAGGGCGCCGUAGAGGCUGACGAAAUGGAUUUGGUGGACGAGUUCGAGGAGGGCUUCGACAGGGCCGAUUUUAGGGCUGAAUUCAGCCCGAGUCCAAAUUUGGAAGGUCCGCAACCUCAGCCGAGAGAUAACAGCUCUCGCGAUGGGCCGACCGUCAGUUCCUCACCGCCGAGAGCCAGGACCAACAACGACGUGGAUUCGCGAUACAAGAUUAUCACUGUCGGUACAAACGAGAUAAAACGGAACAAGAUAACAGAAUAUCCAACCGAAGAGACGCCAGGGAUGAUGUUGGGUGACAGGGGUGGUAAUGGUAAAGUGGAGACAGCUACAGCUGGAAAUAUAUUUCCAACGAACUGCACAACAGUUAUCUACGCUUUCCCGGAUGAGCAGGAAAGAAUUGUCGUUGGCUAUCUUAACGAAUGGAUCAAUGCCUACGCAUUCAUAUCGAAAAAUCAGGAGAAAUUCUAUCUCUACAUAAUCGUAUCGGUGACGGCUGGGAUACUUUUGUUCCUCGGUUUGGUUAUCGGUCGUCUUCUCGUGAGCCGCCAUCGUGCGAAAAGAGACGCCAAAUUUCACGCCAAUAACGAAGCAUUGCCAAACGGUUUCACCGACGAUAUAUCGGAGAUCGACGCCGACAUUGAUCUCACCACCCCCGUUCCCGUACCCAUGCAGGACUCGAGAAUUCCGGAAACGCAAUUAGCGGAACGUCUUCACGGAGACCGUUAUUAUUCGGACGCAAGAAUGCCGAUAAUGGCGCCGACUCCUGUACAUAGUUCUCACAUCGGAAGCGGAAGUUUACUCCACGGACAUCAGCAACAGCAGCAAUUGGUUCAACAGCAGCAGCAGCAGCAGCAGCAGCAGCAACAUCAUCAUCAUAUAUCGAACGCUCAUGGGGUGAGAAUUGACUUAGGGAAUCAUAUGGUGGGAACCGAUAAUCUCCACACAAUUCUACGUUCCGAUAAUCAAAGAACCAUGGCCAACAAAAGUUAUUAUUACGGCUGACAUGAAGAGGGGGCAGCCCUUAGAGAGGGAAGGCCCCCCACGUUGAGUCCCGUACCAGAAGUUACUACGAGAAAAUAUUGCUUCUAAUUGGAGAGGAAUGAGAGAAAAAAAGAGAUGAAUAAAAUACAAAAUUGAGAGAAGAAUUUAAAACAAAGAAAAAAACUUAAAAUCAAAAUUAAUCAAUCGAUCGAAUGGAAUGAAAUAAAAUCGAGAAGUCUGCAGUGCAAGGGGAAUAUACGUCUGUCCAUGAUAUAAUUAUUAUUAGAUAUCAUUGUAAUUAUUAUUAUUAUUGCUAUUAUUAUAUUUAUUGUUGUUAUUGUUAUCGUAUCACAUCGCAAUAUAACGUAAAACUCUAUACAUUUGUAUUAUGUAUUUAAAUUGGAAGGGAUCCGAUUUCCACUGUAAAUAAUUAUUAAUUAAUCAAUCGUUAUUAUCGUCAUUCGUGUUUGUAUACGUCAUAGGUAAUUAUUUAUUAGCGAGUACCUCAGAACACUAUCUCUUUGAAAAUCGAACAAACAAUUAAACGAUAAUAAAAUUAAAAAAUAAAAUUAUAAAUAAAUUAUAGCAGGAAAGAGCGAAAGAAUUUGAAUUGUACAGAACGAGUUGUAAUAUACAUGAUCAGUUACUGUAAAUGCUGAGGUAAGAAAGUGUUUGGUUUCGUAUUUUUUAAUUUCUCUGUUUUUAGACGAGUUCGAAAAAUGGCGGAGUUGAUGUCGUGGGGUGAAAGAACCGAGGAGAUUUUUUAUUAUUAUUGGAAUCAGGAGAAUUUUGAGUCGUGUUUUCUGGGACGUGGUGGACCGUAGAGAUCAAUAAAUUACAUCACUCAAACAUACAAUUUUUCCUUUUUUCUUUUCAUUUGUGAAUAAAAUGAACUUCUUGUAAAUACAAUUAUAAAUAAAAAUAACAAACAAAUAAGAAAGAAGAAAAAAUAUAUGUACAUGUAUAAAUAUAUAAGUAAAUACUAAUUAUAAAAUAUAAAAUUAUAAUUUAGCAUAAAAUUAAGUAUUACCAUAGAUAAGAAUUUAUAUUAUAUAUUACAUAUAUCUAUAUGAGUAUAUUCUAUGAAAAGAUAAAGAGAAACUUUAUAUAUACAUAUAUUUACGUUGACAGGAGAUAAGCAGUUGGGAAAAAUGAAAUAAAACAGAAAAAAGAGGAUAACAGAAGAAAGACAGGAAUAAUUGGUAGAUAGCGGUGAUGAUGAUGAUGAUGAUGAUGAUGAUGAAUUGUGUAGACGGAAGUUAAAGAGUUUCAACCGAUCUUGUGCCAUUAAUUUAUAGUAAUUAUCUUUACUAAUGACGUAUUAUUAUUUCUAUAUACAAAUAAACUAGGUAGGUGUUUAAAUGAAACAUGUUAUAAUUACUUGUACGAUCGAUCGAUUAUUCUACAGGUACGCAUUGCGGGAAAGAGUAAAAAUAAAUAACACAACCUAAAACAAAAGUAAAAUUAAACGGGAAACGAAUGAAAAAUGAAGAAAAGAAGAUAUAUCAGAAGAGAACGAACGAGGAAACGCGGUACCAAAGAUAAUUAAGGUCAAAAUAACAAAGUAAUAAUUAUUCUUGUUGGAAAUAUUUUUCAACGGAGUGCCUGAUAAUUUAACUAUCUAGUAGAAAAAUCAAAAUAAAGAAAAUAAAAUGAAAAAAUAAAAAAUGAUGAAGAGGGGGACGGGGGAUGAAAUAACCGAAAAAAAAUGAAAUUAUGUACAGCAUCGUUUUAGUUAACAAAAUAGAGCUCUCCACCGAUGACGCGUUUUAACGUAUAUAAUUUUUUCCAUCUACAAGUAAUAUAUGCGCAUACAUUACGUAUGAUACUCAUUACGCUUCAUCGCGUUAAAACAAUGUACACCGCGCGUACAUGUGUGUGGUAUAUCUAUAGAUAAAUCGAUAAGAGAAUUUAAUCGCGAAAUGCUCAGACGUAGGAUGGAACCACGCAGAUAAGAAAAUAAUAAUAUUAAUAAUAAUAAUGAUUAUAAUAAUAGUAAUAAUAACGAUGUAACAUUACACGACUAUUGUAUUAAUCUAAAAUUAUUAUCAUCAUCAAAAUAGCUGCUGAAUAAGUGAGUAUAAAUAAUAAUUAGAGAGACGUACGUAAUAUAAUUAAAUGUUAAGUAUCAUAAUUCUUUUCUAUGGAAAUUGAAGAGAAAAGAAAAAUGAGUGAGAGAGAUAGAGAGAAAAAUCUGUGCUGUGCAAGUUUGAAUUACAUACAUAUAUCCAUUGAUGAUAAUAUUAAUAACAAUAACAACAAUAGUAAUAAUAACGGUAACAAUAAGCGCGAUAAUCGAUUUGUUGAAAUUAUAUAGUCUCGUCAGUAAUAUGUAAGUUUUUAUCGGUACUUAAAGAAACAAAAAAAAAAAAAAAAUAAUCAAGAAAAUGAAUGCCAUGUAAAUAUUUCUGUGAAAUAUAUGAAUGUAGAUUAAAUAAUCACGUUAUCUAUGAUAAUACGUAGGCAAAUAUUUAUUUUUUUUUUGUUUCUCAAUUUUUCCUUCAUUUUGUUCUCUCGUCAGAUUAACUGUCGUGCACUUCUUGUAGGUAAUACGAACCAUCUGACACGUUGAGAAAAAAAAUGGAAGCACUUGUUCCUUUAUUGUUACUUUUUCUACUGAUACUUUUUUUUUAACAUUUCUUCACCAAUUGUCUUUGUAAAGAAAUAACAUGUGAUUGGAUUUUUUUUUCAAUCGUUCAGUCGAAUUUGAUCGAUUUUUGUUAAAUUUUCUUACAUCUAUCUUCAGUCUCGUUUCGUCAUAUUCUUUGUUUUCCAGUAUAAAUGUAAUUAUUUAUCUGUAUAAUCAGGAAAAACAAAAAAGAUUAGCGUAUAGGCGGUAUAUGGAAUAAGAAAACGAAAUCAAUAGGACCAUGUUAAAAGUGAAUGUUGAUAAAAGAAUUAAAAAAAAAUCAAGAAACAAAUCGAAAUCAAAAGAAUGAAGAAUAAAACUGCAGUAUAAAUAAAAGUGUAUCAUAAGUGAUGGUUGAAAUCCUAUGAAGAAAGCAAAAAAUAAAACAAGUAGUAUAAUGUUAAUGAUACUAAUCACCUGCAAAAAUAUUCAUAAUACAAAAGAAAAAGACAGAGUGCAUGAGAGGAUUCAAAAACGUCACAGAAGAAGAAAAAAAAAGACAUUGAGAAAAUUUGUGAAUCGCGAUCAGUACGUUGAAAUAUAUAAUUGUAAUAUACCUACUUAUUAAGUCACUGUUGUUAUAUAUCAUGAACAAAAAAAAAAAAAAAAAAAAAAAUGAAAAUGAAAAA